CCGACCGACAAAUGUUCGGGAAAUGACGUCAGUGCAGACAAUAAUAUGGCGUCUACGAUCGCCGUGGAGGCUAUAGACAAACAACAUUUAGGGAUUCACCCUAAAUAACACAAGUUUAAUGUCACCUAAAGACGUCAACGGGUAGCAUAUCUCCGUCGAUAAUGAGAUAUCAUAUUUAAUUUCUCUGGACUUUGUCUAACACCAGCACUCCAUGUCCGAAGGACCUCGGGCUCCCUGGUCGAAGCGGGGUUGCGUGGAGUCGCAUCGCCGAGAGCAGGGCAAGUACAAGCAGAGGAAAUGUGAACGUCCCUUCAGCGCAGUGAAGCCGACAGUUGGCCAGGAGGCCUCUAAAAGGUGCCUAAUGGCAGGGGAAGUGGAGGUGUACCUUUCCCAAGUGCAUGACGGCAGCGUGUCGUCAGGCUUCAGAGCCUUGUAUGAGGAGCGACUGCUGCUCGAUGUCACUCUGCUCAUCGAGGAGCACCACUUCCAGGCGCACAAGGCUCUGUUAGCAACGCAAAGCGACUAUUUCCGGGUCAUGUUCACGGCCGAUAUGCGGGAACGUGACCAGGAUAAGAUUCACAUGAAGGGGUUGACGGCAGCUGGGUUUGGUCACGUCCUUCGCUUCAUGUACUACGGUUCUUUGGAGUUGAGCAUGCUCACUGUGCAGGAGAUCCUGCAGGCUGCCAUGUAUGUGCAACUCACCGAGGCUGUAGAGUUCUGCUGCUCCUUCCUGCUGGCCAAGAUCUGCUUAGAGAACUGUGCUGAGGUCAUGCGCUUGCUGGAAGACUUCAGCGUUGGCGUGGAAGGUGUGCAGGAGCAGCUUGAUGGAUUUCUGCUGGAGAACUUUGUGCCCUUGAUGGCGCGACCAGACUUCCUGUCUUAUCUGAGUUUGGAGAAGUUGAAGGCGUAUCUGGAUAGUGACCAGCUAAGUCGAUUUCCGGAAAUAGAGCUGUACGAGUCAGUGCAGGCCUGGCUGAGACAUGACCGGCGGCGCUGGAGACAUACGGAUGCGGUCGUGCAGAACCUGCGCUUUUGCCUCAUGACUCCUGCCAAUAUAUUUGAGAAGGUGAAGACAUCAGAGUUCUACCGUUAUUCCCGCCACCUGAGACUAGAAGUAGACGAGGCGCUCAGCUACUUCCAUCAAGUGAAUGAACAACCGCUGGCGGAAACCAAGUCCAACCGCAUCAGAUCUGUGAGACCCCAGACUGCUGUGUUUCGUGGAAUGAUUGGCCACAGCAUGGUCAAUAGCAAGAUCCUCCUCCUGCACCGGCCCAAAGUGUGGUGGGAAUUAGAAGGCCCACAGGUGCCACUCCGCCCCGAUUGCCUGGCCAUCGUCAACAACUUUGCUUUCCUGUUGGGUGGUGAAGAACUAGGCCCGGAUGGAGAAUUCCAUGCUUCUUCGAAGGUCUACCGCUACGAUCCCAGACAGAACUCCUGGCUACGCAUGGCCGACAUGUCCGUUCCCAGAUCAGAGUUUGCUGUCGGCGUCAUCGGGAAGUAUAUUUAUGCCGUCGCAGGCCGCACUCGCGAUGAGACGUUCUAUUCUACAGAGCGUUAUGACAUUGUUGAGGACAAGUGGGAGUUUGUAGACCCGUAUCCUGUAAACAAGUAUGGUCACGAAGGAACUGUGCUCAACGGGAAGUUGUAUAUCACUGGCGGCAUCACCUCCUCUUCCACCUCAAAACAAGUGUGUGUUUUUGACCCGGGACGGGAAGGAACUUCCGAACACCGUAUGCGGCGCACGCCUAUCCUCACCAACUGCUGGGAGAACAAGUCAAAAAUGAACUAUGCUCGUUGCUUCCAUAAGAUGAUCUCCCACAAUGGGAAGCUGUACGUGUUCGGCGGGGUGUGUGUGAUACUGCGUGCCUCUUUCGAGUCCCAGGGCUGCCCUUCGACGGAAGUGUACGACCCAGAGACAGACGAGUGGACUAUUUUGGCCUCUAUGCCUAUAGGACGCAGCGGACACGGAGUGGCAGUGUUGGACAAACAGAUCAUGGUGCUUGGAGGACUUUGCUACAACGGUCAUUACAGCGACUCUAUCCUCACAUUUGACCCAGAGGAGAACAAAUGGAAAGAGGACGAGUAUCCCAGGAUGCCUUGCAAACUGGACGGAUUGCAAGUGUGUAGUUUACACUUUCCAGAAUACGUUCUGGAACACGUGAGACGCUGCAGCUGAGUAUUUGUAACUUCUGGACAGUUUAGGAGACACGUUUACAGGUGUGACAAGUAAUACUAAUACUGUUGAAGCGUUUAAACUGUAGGCCAGUGCUUCUUUAAGAAGCAAAAUCCUUUUUAGGCUUAAAUUGUAGAAGGGAAAUUUGUUAUUUGGUCUGAGCAUUGGCGCAAAAACGAAUACAGACGAGCUUUUUGCUCAUAUGUCUGACUCAUUGCACUGUAAUCAUCCUGUAGAGCACAUAAUACUCUUCAUGUUUCGCUACAUUAUCCUCUCUGUGACGUUCUUCUAUAUCCCUUCAUUCUCUUCACAAGAAGUCAUGUUUUAUCCGUGCGUAUUUCCACAACAAGUCUGCUGUGUCUAGGAGCGGUUAGAAAAAUGAAAAGGAGACUAAAUGAAGUAGAGGAACUCAUGAAAAAAGUUACAAAAAAUUCCUGUCCCUUUUUUUUUCACAUUUACUAAUCUAAGAAUGCAUUUGUGCUGAUACUAGUGAUGUUGUAGUGGAUAAUGACUGUAAUGAUUGUAAUCUUGACGAUGAUGUUGACAAGCAUUGCACUCGUAUAAGGGCGUAUAUUACUGCUCUACAAUAACACCGGUCCUCCACUGCUGACAGCAAAGGGAGAAAAGGGGACAACAGAGAUUAGGGGACACAUAGUUCCUGCUUCUCCAACCUUUAUUAGUUGUGCUUAUGCUUAUUUUUUAACUUAUUUAUUAAAAUGGCAAAGCCUCGCCUUGAUCCAAUCCGUGUAAUGUAAUGAACUACUUUCUCUCUCUGUAUGUGUCUCUCAUUUUGUUUCACCAGCAAAGGGCUAAAGCACAUAUGCAUCUUGUGUUUAAUGUCUAGUAAAACACUUAAGAGCAGUUCUAUGAGUUUAGAUGUCAACUAUGUAUUAAAAUCAGUUGUAGUUAAAGGGGUAGUAAACGCAUUAUUCAUCAAUUUCUCACCCUUAUGUUGUUCCAA